AUGCUCGCCGCUGCUACUCGUUCUGCCAGAUCUCUGCGCCUUAGGCCGCUCUCUAAUGUCUCCAGGACAUUCACAUCGUCCACUCGCAGACGCGAAGAGGCUUUGCGCCCUGCGUCAUUGACGGUGUUCUCUGACGAGGAAGAGAUGCUGCGCGAUACCGUCAAGCGCUUCGCUGCCGACGUCGUCGCUCCCAAGGUCCGCGAAAUGGACGAGAACGAAAACAUGGAUCCAGCCAUCAUCCAAGGCCUCUUUGACCAAGGUUUGAUGGGUAUUGAGACCAGUCCGGACCAAGGAGGAGCCGGAUGCUCCUUUACAUCGGCUAUCAUUGCCAUUGAGGAGCUUGCAAAAGUGGAUCCGUCCGUGUCUGUGCUGUGCGAUGUACACAACACCCUUGUCAACACCGUCAUCCGCAAGUAUGGAUCGAAAGAGCAGCAGGAGAAAUGGUUACCACAGCUAUCGGAAAGCAAGCUUGGUUCUUUCUGUCUCUCCGAGACUUCGUCUGGUUCCGACGCGUUUGCCCUCAAGACCCGUGCUGUUAAGGAUGGCAACAGCUAUACAUUGAACGGUUCCAAGAUGUGGAUCACAAACUCUUAUGAAGCUGAGAUAUUCCUUAUCUUUGCUAAUAUCGACCCGAGCAAAGGAUACAAGGGUAUCACUUGCUUCCUCGCCACCAAGGAUAUGGGUGUUAAGAUUGCAAAGAAGGAGCAGAAGCUUGGUAUCCGCGCGUCCUCGACGUGUACAUUGGACUUUGACGACCUCAAGAUCCCUGAGGAAAAUAUCAUUGGCGGUGAAGGCAAGGGAUACAAAAUUGCCAUCGAAAUCCUUAACGAGGGUCGUAUUGGGAUUGCUGCCCAGAUGCUCGGCCUUGCUCAAGGUGCCUUUGAUAAAUCGGUGCCCUACACCUACCAGCGUCAACAAUUCGGCCAACCCAUUGGAACAUUCCAGGGUAUGGCUUUCCAGAUAGCACAGGCUGCCAUCGACAUCGAAUCAGCCAGACUCCUGACUUAUAACGCUGCACGUUUAAAGGAAGAGGGCAAGUCGUUUACAAAGGAAGCUGCCAUGGCCAAGUACUGGAGCAGUGUUGUUGCUCAAAGAGUUUCCGGUAGUGCAAUCGAGUGGGCAGGAGGUGUUGGAUUCACCAGAGAAACAGGUAUUGAGAAGUUCUGGAGAGAUUCGAAGAUCGGCGCAAUCUACGAAGGGACGUCAAACAUCCAGUUGCAGACUAUUGCAAAGUUCAUCCAAAAGGAAUACUCAUAG